AUGCUCUCUUCUCCAGCCCUCGUCGACAUACCCGCACACAUCCUCCAUGCCGAAUUGCUCCGCAGGCAGGACGAGGCCGAUGAGCGGCCAAAGUGCGAGACAAAAGGCGCCAAGGAGCAGUACAACACAACGCUGCAUGUCUUUGCCCUGCUGCUCAUCCUCACUCUGAGCACAGCGGCUUGCUCCUUCCCAAUCAUCGUCAAGCGCUUUCCCUCGAUCCCCGUCCCCCACCAGUUCCUCUUCAUCUCACGCCACUUUGGCACCGGCGUCCUCAUAGCCACCGCUUUUGUCCAUCUCCUCCCCACGGCCUUCGAGUCUCUCACCCACCCAUGUCUUCCUCACUUCUGGAACAAGCGCUAUCCCGCCAUGCCGGGUCUCGUGGCUAUGACGGCCGUCUUCGUGGUCGUGAGCAUUGAAAUGUUCUUUGCAGCACGCGGAGCGGGACAUGUGCAUUCGACAGGCUACGAGAACCUUGGCCUGGACUCCUCUCAGAAUGGCGCCCGUCCAGCCCACAAGAGGAGCCAUAGCUACGGCAUGUACAGCAACGGCAUGUCAGGGACGAGUGGCCUUGCGCCAGGCAUUGUGCUCCAUGACGUCGAGUCCUCGACCAACUUGAUGGCCGGAGCAUCACCCAUAACCCCUACCGUGCCCAUUGACGCACAGAAUCAAAAGUCCAUGGAUAAUGGCGAUGAUGAUGAUGAUGAUGAUUCAGAUCUGGAAAUCACUAGAGAGGAACUGGCUCAUCAGGAUGUUGAAGAUUCAGAAGACGAAUCCCGCCUGCUGCCAGGACCUCACACCCACCAGCAGCACAGCCAUGGCCGUGGCGAAUCGUCCCAAGUCCCAGAAAAUUCAGAGGCCCAAAACAAGAAGCUCUUGCUUCAAUGCUUGCUGCUCGAAGCUGGCAUCCUGUUUCACUCCGUCUUCAUAGGCAUGGCCCUUUCAGUGGCAACCGGCACUGCCUUUGUUGUACUUCUCACCGCCAUAUCCUUUCACCAAACUUUUGAAGGGUUUGCACUUGGUGCGAGAAUCAGUGCUAUUCACUUCCCAGCUGGAUCACCAAAACCAUGGCUCAUGGCAAUGGCCUACGGCACAACGACCCCUAUUGGCCAAGCCAUAGGACUGGCGAUUCACACGCUAUACGACCCUGCAAGUCAAGUUGGCUUACUAACGGUGGGCUUCAUGAACGCCAUAUCAAGUGGCCUACUUCUAUUCGCUGGCCUGGUCGAGCUUCUUGCCGAAGACUUUCUCAGUGACGAGAGUUACGUCACCCUGCGUGGCAAGCGACGUCUACAGGCGUGCGCCAGCGUUUUAGGAGGGGCGUACCUAAUGGCACUUGUCGGUGCAUGGGCAUAA